AUGUCUGGCAGGGAGCGGCGACUCCCAACAUACGGCGUCCCAGCAUUACCAACGCCAAAAUCGCCGCCCCAACAUCAAUCACCGCCGAUUGGGAUACCCUUUCUACCGUAUGCCGAGACGCCUGGACAUUCGAUCCGCUCAGCAAAUGAUCCCCGAGUAUCGCUCUCGCCUCGGGACCCGUAUACCAUCGAAUCGCCAGUCCGGCUCCCUCCAAUUCACCAGGCGACAGCCGGGCCACCACCUCCUUCCCACCAUGUCCAUCGCCUGAGCGAUCCGUAUCCCAUCAAUUGGACUCUACCAGGUAGAGAAGACGCCCUUCACGACCCCCGCGCUUUCCCUCUCCACAGAUCUGCAGGCCCAGUCUUCAAUUACUCUCUCCCCCCCCACCGCUCCACCUCCAUAACAAGCGCAACCAUGGACCCCGUCCCCCGUCACCUUGGGCCGGUGGAACUGCCAUCCCCGGUCCAGAUGACAUCUGGCAACUCACCUUCGAUGGCGAGGGCAGAGCCACCCGGCACCGAGACUGAAGUUCACGACAACAGACCGAUCAAACGGCGCAAGAUGGCUUUGGAUGACAUGGUCAACGGCUGA